AUGCUCGCCAAGAGCGCCCAAAUCCGAGCCCCAUACCCCGGUCCCCAUCAACCACUACCGGGUGAGCCUUAUCUCACCACUACUAUCCUUGAGUCCAUGCGACUCUUCCGUUCGGCAGGCGAUGGCACACACCAUUGGACCGUGGGUCAAAAUCAUGAUCCAAAGCUCCUCAUCACACCUAAAAAUAAAGGCAUUCUUGAUUUCCGAAAUCCCAUUCACAUGACCGAUUGGCAAAUCAUUCCAUACAUCUUCCCCCACUCAUACUCCACCGAGGUAGAUGAGAAAAGUGAAGAAAACGAGGAAGAUGGUGAUGAUGAUGAAGAGGAGGAGGAGCCCCGCCAUGCUUCCCCCACCGGUGGUGCCAGCUCAUCCCAUUUUGUUGCACCCCCACCUUAUCAUCAACAGUAUAUGGAUGAAUUCCAGUCAAUCCAUACCUGCCUCGACACCUACUAG